CAUCAAAAACCCCAUCAAGCUCAGCCCUCAUUACAAUCAUCACUGUCAACAACGUUAUACGCAGCGACCAUCUACUAGACAAACGACAUCAUGAAGAUCUCAAGCGCCUUUCUCCUCACCCUCCUCACCAGCGCGCUGGCCGCGCCUCAUGAGGCUGGCGUUCCCUCCGACUCCACCAAGCGCGACGUCGCCGCCAGAGACGUCCAGGAACCCGGGGCGCAGGCCGCCAUCGACGUCAGGCAGGCCGGCGGUGCCACCAUCUUUCAAGACCCCCCGCUCGACGCCGAUGACGAGGAGAUAGUGCCACGAGCCCCGAAGAAGAAGGGCAAGAAGAAGGGCAAGAAGGGCAAGAAGAAGGGGAAGAAGGGCAAGAAGGGCAAGAAGGCAAAGGCUGCAAAGGCUGCAGACGCCGCCGCGGCCAGGGUCACUGACAGCAACGAUGCUCCGGGCGUUGUCUAAGAUGAUGCAGAGUUCAGUGUUAUACGGAACUGAGUGUUGUGCACGCUUUGAGUUGGUAUUGUGAGGCGCGUGCGCCGGUGGUUAGCUGCGACUUCUACUUGACUACACACAAAUAUGUUGCUAGACAACAUGCAAAGAGCCGCCAAAGCGAACAUAUAUUUGGGCUGCC